ACGGAGAGAGCGCGCAUGCGCCAGCGCUGGGAGGCGGGGAACGGCGUACGCUCCGUGCGGCUUGACGUCGCUACACACGCACGCACGUACGUACGUGAGGCGGCCAGGCCCGGUCGGAGCGUCCAGGCCGCUGUUGGGGCGGCCACCAUGUCGGGGGCGGCGGGCGUAGCGGGCUCGGCCCGCAAGCGGCUGAUGAAGGAGGAGGACAUGACCAAGGUGGAGUUCGAGACCAGCGAGGAGGUGGACGUCACGCCGACCUUCGACACCAUGGGGCUGCGCGAGGACCUGCUGCGCGGCAUCUACGCCUACGGUUUUGAGAAGCCAUCGGCAAUCCAACAGAGAGCAAUCAAACAGAUCAUUAAAGGAAGAGAUGUGAUUGCACAGUCACAGUCUGGAACAGGAAAAACGGCAACAUUUUGUAUCUCGGUUCUGCAGUGUCUGGAUAUUCAGGUUCGGGAAACCCAGGCAUUGAUUCUUGCACCAACAAGGGAGCUGGCUGUACAAAUACAGAAGGGUCUUCUUGCUCUGGGUGACUACAUGAAUGUCCAGUGUCAUGCCUGUAUCGGAGGGACUAAUGUUGGUGAAGACAUUCGAAAACUGGAUUACGGGCAGCAUGUCGUUGCUGGGACCCCAGGCCGUGUGUUUGAUAUGAUCCGUCGCCGAAGUUUGAGGACGCGGGCUAUCAAAAUGUUGGUUUUGGAUGAAGCGGAUGAGAUGCUCAAUAAAGGCUUCAAGGAGCAGAUUUACGAUGUGUACCGGUACCUGCCUCCAGCUACACAGGUGGUUCUUAUCAGUGCUACCUUGCCGCAUGAGAUCCUGGAGAUGACCAAUAAGUUCAUGACGGACCCUAUUCGUAUCCUAGUUAAACGUGAUGAACUGACUCUAGAAGGAAUCAAGCAGUUUUUUGUCGCCGUGGAGAGGGAAGAAUGGAAGUUUGACACACUAUGUGAUCUGUAUGAUACGCUUACCAUCACACAAGCUGUCAUCUUUUGUAAUACCAAAAGGAAGGUGGACUGGCUAACGGAGAAGAUGAGAGAAGCGAAUUUCACAGUCUCAUCCAUGCAUGGAGACAUGCCACAGAAAGAGAGAGAAUCCAUUAUGAAGGAGUUCAGAUCUGGUGCCAGCCGAGUUCUUAUAUCUACAGACGUUUGGGCCCGGGGCCUGGAUGUUCCUCAGGUGUCCUUGAUCAUUAACUACGACUUGCCUAAUAACAGAGAACUCUAUAUACACAGAAUUGGCAGAUCAGGUCGGUAUGGCCGCAAAGGCGUGGCCAUCAACUUUGUGAAGAAUGAUGACAUUCGUAUCCUGCGUGACAUUGAGCAGUACUACUCCACCCAGAUAGAUGAAAUGCCCAUGAAUGUUGCUGAUCUCAUUUAAAAAACAAAACCAACAGAAGACCAGCAGAAUUGAAGACCUGCAUUUUUAUCCUGUUUGUUACUUUCCAUAUAGUAACUUUUCACUUAGUCAUUUUUGUUUAAGUGACGUUUUCAAAGCCCCUUACAUUGCCAUUUUUAUUUUUUUGGUUUAAUCUGCAAAUUGGGAUCUGUGUAUAGUGUCUUUCAUUCAACUUGCUGUCUUUUUAAAUAAAA